UGAAAAAAGAUGUGGUGACUAACAAAAUUUUCUGGUUUCUCACACCUAUCAUUUCAUCAAUCAUUCCUUCCCCUGCUUCUAUCUUAAAUACACUUGCAACAAUUUCAUUCAAACAAAGUAUUACAAACUUUUUCGUUCUUCUGUCUUCCUGCCUUUCUGUUAAACAUGGUUUCAGCAUUAUCCGACGUUGAAGGUGAAGAUAUUGGAACAGUAGUGGACUUUCGAGGUAGACCUUUCGAUAAAUCUAGUACGGGUGGAUGGCUUGCUGCAGGUCUUAUCUUAGGUUCUGAACUUGCUGAGAGAAUUUGCGUUGUUGGAAUCUCGAUGAAUUUAGUGACGUAUUUAGUCGGAGAUCUGCAUAUUCCAACAGCGAAAUCCGCAACAAUUGUUACUAAUUUCAUGGGCAGUCUCAAUCUUCUUGCACUUCUUGCUGGUUUCUUAGCUGAUGCAAAGCUUGGCCGGUACUUGACAGUUGCGAUAUUUUCAACCAUAACUGCUGUGGGAGCAACUUUGCUAACAGUAGCUACAAGCAUCCCAAGUAUGAGACCACCAGCUUGCGAUGAGGUCAGAAGACAACACCACGAAUGCAUCCAAUCUACUGGGAGUCAGUUGGCGUUGUUAUACGCUGCCCUAUAUGUAAUUGCAUUAGGUGGUGGUGGUAUAAAAUCGAACGUAUCAGGUUUUGGGUCUGAUCAAUUUGAUGUGAGAGAUCCUAAAGAAAGAAAGGCUAUGUUUUUCUUCUUCAACCGAUUCUACUUCUGCAUCAGUCUUGGAUCUCUCUUUGCAGUGACAGUUUUAGUAUAUAUACAAGAUAAUGUUGGGAGAGCGUGGGGGUACGGGAUAUCGGCUGGUGCCAUGGCAAUCGCCGUACUCGUAUUGUUUGGUGGUACACCCGUUUAUCGAUUAAGGACACCACAAGGAAGUCCACUUACUGUUAUUUGGAGAGUGUUUUACUUGGCUUCUAGGAAGAGAAAAUUGCCUUACCCUGCUCAUCCUAGUCUCUUGAACGAGUAUCAUACCGCCAAGGUUUCUCAUACAGAAAGACUAAGGUGCCUGGAUAAGGCAGCCAUCGUAGAUGCUAACGAUAACGGGCAGCUAGAAAAUGGGACAUACAACUCAUGGGUUGUCUCUACAGUGACACAAGUGGAAGAGGUAAAAAUGGUGUUGAAACUCAUCCCAAUUUGGUCGACAUGUAUACUCUUCUGGACAGUAUAUUCUCAAAUGACAACUUUAUCAGUUGAACAAGCAACUUUCAUGAAUAGACAUAUUGGUUCCUUCAUUUUCCCAUCAGGAUCAGUUUCGGUGUUUCUCACUCUAACAAUCUUAAUUUUCACUUCCCUUAACGAGAAAGUCAUUGUCCCAAUUGCUAGAAGAUUUACUCAUACUACUCAAGGAAUUACAAGUCUUCAGAGAAUUGGAAUAGGACUAGUUUUCGCCAUCAUGGCUAUGGUAGCAUCUGCAAUUGUUGAAAAACAAAGAAGGAUUAUCGCUGUUCGGGACCAAAUUCAGAUAAGUGUAUUUUGGUUAGUGCCUCAGUACUUUCUAGUUGGAGCUGGAGAAGGGUUCGCUUAUGUUGGGCAGCUGGAGUUUUUUAUAAGAGAAGCUCCAGAGAGAAUGAAAUCUAUGAGUACAGGGCUAUUCCUUACUACAGUGGCAAUGGGGUUCUACGUUAGUAGUUUAUUAGUGUCUUUGGUGGAUAAAAUCACCCACAAGGGUUGGAUCAGAAGUAAUCUAAACAAAGCAAAGUUGGACUACUUUUUCUGGAUGCUUGCAGUAUUGGGAGUUUUGAACUUUCUGGUAUUUCUUGCGUUUGCAAUGAAGCAUCAAUACAAAGUAGAAAAACAUUAUGAUAAAACCAUAGAGGGUGAUAAUGAGAAUGAGCUUAAAGAUUGGAAAAAUAAUGGGAGUGUUAUAGAAGAGUUUGAGAAGAAAGAAGCUGUUGAAGGUGUGUUUUAGGAUUCCGUUUUUGCUUUCUUUAUUGAUUUCUUUUAAGGGCUAUUUCAUGUAUAACAAGGUUGGGUCGGGUGCCAUAGAAGUGUAUCUUGUACAAGUAAAAGUUUUUGUCAUUUGUACAUCCACGCAUAAGGUGUUUGAUGAUCCUUCUUUCUUCUUUUUUUCUUGUUUUCAUAUUAUGUGAUAUAAAGGAGAGUGAAUUGCUUUUAAGGUAAAUUGUGUUUAAACUUUUGACUGGUGAAUAGACUCUAGUCCAACAAUGAUUGAGUAUUCACUCAUGAGUGUUGAUGGCUAGAGGUUUCAUCAUUUUCUCUACUAUAAAGUUGCGCUUGUAAUUU